AUGGCAGCGCGUAUGUCAAGAUCACCAUCUGAUGACUCGCACUUUGAGAUUGUUCGCAAGCGUGUGGGCAAGGCCUGCGAUCGCUGUCGGAUGAAGAAGUCCAAGUGUGACACAGCCACGCCAUGCUCACGCUGCCGAUCGGAUAAUGCCAUUUGCGUGUUCGGCGGGAACAACAAAGCUGCCGAAAAAGAGUAUCCUCACGGAUAUGCUGAGAAGCUCGAACAACAACAAGCCUGGCUAGUCAAUGGUCUCCAAGAACUCUACCGUCGCAUAAAUGAAGGUGAAGGGUGGCCUGGUGAGCAUCUGAAGCUCAAGCCCAACGGCCAGCCUCUCAUCCACGACAUUCUUAAACGCCUUGGCGCCCUGGAUCUCGUUAUUGGUCAGCGUUUUGAAGAGAAUACAAAAUUAAUACAGAGAAGACUAUGGCGCAGGGACACCCAGUGCCACGCAUCGGCCGAUGACAGCUUUACGGACAUGCAGUCGCCUGUUCUCCACCCAUAUCUCUCCUCCGACGUCUCCUCUCAGCACAGCGAGCCCUAUAGCCUGUCCAAGCGAAUCCCUAUGCCAGACACAUCACAAGGCAUUGCUUCAUCAAUACAGGGCGACGUGAGUCCGGUCACUCAUCAGCAUGAGCCAAAGAAGUGGCAAGGUAGUAGCGAAUGUGCUUUCAAUCUCUUCGAUGAGCUGAAUAUGAUGCCCACCCCUGACUAUUCCAAUCUGGUCUUCGAUGAACGUAUUCCACCAUCUAUUUUCAGUUAUCAGCUGCCAAUGGAUUGCAUCGUGCCAAAUGAAUAUGAAGACCUUUAUCAGCUCGGCGGAACAGACUAG